AUGGUGGCUGAAGAGGUGGUUGAGAGGAUACGGGCCUACCAGGAGUCGUGCCGGGAGAUUGAGAAAGAGCGUGAAAAAGGCGCGUUGACAGCCGCCGACUACGAAGAAUACAACAGGCAGAUAGACAAGACACUGCGUGGCCUACGCGAGCAGGUCCAGCGACAGGAAUCUGCUUUGAGAGAGCUUCGUGCGUCUACAAAUCCUCUGGGGCUACCGCGUCCACACUUACAGCCACAUGAACGACUGGCACAGACACGUAGGGCUAUCCAGGCAUACAAGUCGCUCUUAUCUGAUGGAGAGCCGCAGCUCCCAGCCCCGGACUCGCCAUUGAAUGGUCUCUUGGCUAUUCGGGAAGCUCGUCGAUUGGUUCAAGAAUUCAAACAUACCAUUCCUUCAACAGCAGAACAGCUUGUCCGUGAUCGUGAGAGACUAAAAUCCGAAGAAGCCGAUCUACAAGACGGCAAUGCAAUAACUACUGAACUCCAACGGAGAAUACAGGAUAUUCGCCAGAAUGGACACGGCGAGGAUGAUACAGGACGGAAGAAAUCAAGACACGACUUGAACCGAGCUGCAAAAGAGCAGAUUAGACAAUACCGAAGGAAAGGCAUUGAGAUAGAUGAGAAAACUGCAGAGCUGCAAAGUGCAUUGAAGGAGUUUAUUGAGGAACAUCUUGCACCGAUGCUUGCAGCAGAGGACAUCGGUGGGCCGGUUGUUGGUGAUCAGGUUGAGGUGGCUGAUUCAACUCUUGAAGCUGGAUAUACAGCAAGAGGCAAAGAACGCAAAGCCUCCAGGGUUAGCAGCGGGCAGAGUGCUGGUAAUAAGAAGCAGCAGCAGCGCAUAGAUGAGCUAAUUCACCGUGGCAAGAGUAGGCGCGAUGGAGAGGAUGAGGACGGCAAUGAGGAAGAUGAUGCUAGAAUCAGUAACCCAAGGGAAGCUGCUGCGCAAGAAAUGCAGUCUCUUCUUGAGUCGCUGCUAAGCAUGGCGACUACGUCAUCAUACGUUGAACUAGACCAAGACUCCGCGGCUUCGAGGUUCCUAGUCAAGGCCAAGAUUGCGCAAUUCCAUCCGCGAGAUUCACAGAAGCUCCGACUGAUCGAUGUUGCAAGAGAAAUAGCAGACUAG